UCUGCUCGGGGGUCUAGUCUCAGUCUUCAGUGGGCCGCGAACGCGAAUGAUGUGCGCCGAGGGCCGCGAUUCGAGUCGGUGUAAAUAGGGAACGCCUUCAAGGUCUUGGGGACAGAUUUCGUCAAUCGGCAGAGACAGAGGCUUUGAUUGUUUGGCGCCAUGUGCUGUUGGUGUGCACGAGUCUACUGGACGGUUCUGCACAACCUUUUUGCCCGCUUCCUCGGCAGUAUCGAAGAGCAGAACUGCUGCCGCUGCUGCGCCGGGUACCAGCGUCAGGCGAGUGAUGACGAUGACGUCGAUGUCGAUGUAGGCAAACAAGUUUCCGAUACUGAUGACGAACCACAGCAGCAGCCCAAGCGCGAUUAUGUCAUUUCGGAUGAUACAGAGGCAAACUAUUCGGAAAUCGAGGAGCACAACAUCGAGACUGAGGCCUACUACUUCACAGUGGACCGUCCCAUUGCUGAGAGAAUGCUGGCCGGAAGGGAGGACGGUGCUUGCCUUGUGCGACCUUUCAAGACCACCGACGUCUGUAUUAAAUACAUCGUGAGUAUCUGCGUCGGCGAACAGUUUUACCAUCUGUUCGUGCGACAGAUAGACAGGAGGCAACGCUUCGCCAUAGGACAGAAGAAGCUCCACGAGCGGAUCUUUGCCUCUCCCCGCGACAUCGUCGACUUCUAUUCCGAGCACCCACUGCUCUGCACCAAUAAAAGCCAGAGUCAGUGCGUUCGUCUGACGCCUAUCAGCUAUGCUUAGAUAGAGUUAAUCUUUAUUAAGUAAGAGUUGAAAUAUGUACAAAUUGUGUAAAAGUAUCUUAAGAUAAGUUGGGUAUGGUUUGU